AUGGAGCGAAAGGAGUGUGUUUUCGUGGAUCAGUGCUAUCAGAACCAGCAGCACUCGGCUGCUCCAUCCCCCUGCCGACCGGUGCUCUUCCUGCUGAUGGGCAUCGGGAUCGGCUACCUGGUCACCCAGGCGGUCCUCUGGCCGAUCAUAGACCUCAAGUCGCAUGCGAACCGCACGGGCGGAUCGGAUCCCCUGGACGUCGACCUGACGGACGAGGUGAGGGUGCUGUGCUUCGUCCACACGAAGCCGAGCAACCACAGGAACCAGGCGAGGGCGGUGCUCCGAACGUGGGGAAGGAGGUGCAACAGGCUCCUCUUCUUCACCAGCCGCGUGGAUCCCAGUCUGCCGGGAUCCGUGGCCUUGCCGGUCGAUCACAGAGAGCGGGAAUCGUGGCGGAAAACCAAGGCGGCCUUGAAGUACCUCCACGAGCACCACUUGGCCGAUGCCGAUUGGUUCCUCGAGGCGGACGACGAGACCUACGUGGUGAUGGAGAACCUGCGCUACAUGGUCUACCCGUACAGUCCGGAGAUGGCCAUCUACUUCGGCUCCCCGGGCGCCGUGAUGAGUCGCGCUGCCCUCCGCCGGUUCGUGGAGGUCUCCCUGCCCAAUCCCUCCAAGUGCGAGCAGAAGGACGCGGGACCAACGGCGGGAAAGCUGAGGGAGUGCCUGGAAAAUGCGAACGUGGUGGCGGGAAACUCGCACGAUUCGGAGGGCAGACGGCGGAUGUACCUCAUCGAUCCCCAGGCGAGGUCCAACCUGUACCUCCGCUAUGACUCGAACUUCUGGUUCUGGAAGUUCCUCGCCUACAAAACCCAAGAUGGUAUCUUCGCUUGGUCCAAGUAUGCGGUCUCUUUUCACUACGUUCAGCAUCGCUAUAUGCACUGUUUCGAGUAUAUGAUCUAUAGAUUGCGGGUUUUUGGCCGAAAGCUGCCGGUCGAGAUCCUUCCAAAGAAGUAUAGCAUUUCCAAAAGGGAAACCAUUGAAGGAGCCCAGCAAAACACCGCUGAGAAGGAGGUGCCAGCUGACUACGCCUACUGAAUAACCAAAUCAGGUUAAAGAUAGUUGUAAAACUUUUUAUUAGACAGAUUUUCCGUCGAGAAAAGUCUUCACACAUCA